AUGCCUCCGCGUAAAAGCCUCUUCGCUCCCUUCGUGUCCGUGGACUCUGAGUGCGGUCCCGGUCCCGCGGCCUCGGCUCUCCAUGCGGAUCUCCACGCGCUGCUGCAGCGGAGCCUCGCACCGGACCGCUCCGGGGACUACCGGGACCCCCCGCGCGCCAUCGUGGAGCUACGGCUUGGUCCCGCCGGGGGCGCGCUGCAUUACUUGCCGCCGGACACGAGCGCUCUAGAGCGCGCACAGAGACGCCGGCGUCUAGCGGCCAAUGCCCGCGAGCGGCGCAGGAUGCUCGGACUGAACGUGGCCUUUGACCGGCUCCGCAGCGUUAUUCCCAACACGGACAGCGACCGGAAGCUGUCCAAGUCCGAGACCCUGCAGAUGGCGCAGAUCUACAUCUCCACCCUCAGCGAGCUGCUGCAGCAGGGCGCGGGCGGAGCACGCAGCCCGGGCACCGACAAAGCGCCGGCGGCCGGGGAUCCGCCUCGGCCCGAGAGGCACUUCCACACGGCCAGGAGCAGCGGCGGAGGCCCGGGGUGCCCCGAGGAGGACGUGCAGGGGGGACGUGAAUAUCUGUGA